UGAUCAAUCCACUGGGGGCAGUGCAGAGGUCGAGAUAAAAUUGACUGCGAUGACGGAUUAAGGGAUUUACUUUUUUGUGAAGUUUGGUGUAUGCCACCUCGACGCUUCUGAGACCCCUCCUACGCAUUGCCUGCAUCUCCCACUGGUCCUGACUCAGUGAAGCCUGCCUAACCCCGGAGGUCAGUGGGACGACCUCUCUGUACCUGCUCUUCCUGGAGGACAACAUCAGCGAACUGAAGUCCUAAAAAAUACAUCAAGCAGGUCUUAAGAACUGCUGAUGAGGCGAGGUGAAUGUUCUGGAGAAAACGUUGAUGCCAUGGGUCUGCUGCAGAAGAAGGACAGUGUUGAUGUGAUUAAACCCACUGGUGCUGCAGGGAAACCGGAUACAGUAAAACUUAAUGCAGCCGACUCUGCGAGCAGCUCCACGGCAGCCGACGCUGGAGUGGCUGAGAUCAACUGCAACCGUGAGGGAGCAAGGAGCAAACUGCCCAGUUUAUAAAGCUGAGGGGGGAGGAUGAUGAAUUAUUCACCGGGGCCAAAAACUCUGCCAGUGUAGCGUGGAGACAAAGUGGGCCUGGGGGGGGAAAGUGACUCCCCUGCAGGCCCCCAAAGGUUUGUUUUGGAGAGGGAGUAAGUAUCCGGAGUCGGGAGAGGAACUUGGCCGUGACGUGCUGGGACAGAGACGUUUCUCUGUCGUUUCCCGGAGUCUUUUGAGUUUGGAACACCUGUUGGACAUCCGGUUCUGCAUCCGCCUGCCUUCCUGAGUGCCCAGAGUCAGAUGCCUGGAGGAUGUCCGACUGAGCCCAUUUGAGAAAACAGGAACAUCUCCAGAGUAAUCAGAGUAACCACUCGCUCGGGCGUGUUGAUGACUGUAAACAAAAACUCUGCUGUCCGCAGCAGAACUAUCGUCAUGUCCUUCUUCCUACACGCUCUACCCAGACAUCACAAUGUUCCCGAGGUUUCCCUGCUGUUGUAAAGUUUUCUGGAGUUUGUCUGAAAACAGCUUUUGUCUGAUAUCUUUUUUUUUCUCCUCACAAAAUUCAAUAUCCUAGUUAAUUUUCUUUUAAAUUACAUCCAUCCUCCUCUCCGUCUUAGAAUAAUCUACACUAGUAAUAAGCAGUUACAGUGAAACUUUAUAGUCAGUCUGCACUGAUCAAAACAUACAUUUAAGGGAUGUUUAACACCAUUAGCAGUGUCACGUAUUUGAUAGCUGAUAAGAGAACAUCAGAUAGUGAAUCCACCCCCCAGUGGAUGUGCUGUGCUCUUUGUCUUUAGGGUAAACAACAGGCUUGUUCUCCGGGGAGAGGGAGGAGCAGCGCCAUGGUAACAAACACCAUAACCACCUCUUGGCCUUUGCAACUCUACACCUGUGCAGCAGAAGCUCAUCAUACCUGAUGAGCCACUUGUGGAUGCACGCACAGUCCCUGCCAAUACACCACCAAGGCUAGGUUAUUAACAACAAACAAGAUGGAAAAUGGACGAACACAGAGCAAAGUGGAGCCAGACCAAGACCAAGAAGAGGAGGGGAACAGUCUGGACUGGCUCCUCAGAAAAGACGUCUCAGAGGGAAUUCCUGCGCCGAUGGAUACCAACGUUCUGACGUCUAGUGUCAGUGGUGACAACAUUUCCAGUAAAGCAUUCACCAGGGCGAGAGUCUUUGAAGCAGCAUCUCAGGGGGACGCGACUCAACUGCGUGGCCUGCUCCACUACCUGCGAGUUCAUGAUAAGCGACUGACGAGCCCAGAAUUCACAGAUGAAACGAAUGGGAAAACGGCGCUCCUGAAGGCUUUGCUAAAUCUAAAAGACGGCAGAAAUGACACCAUUGAGGUUCUCCUCGACAUAGCAGAGGAAACCGGAGAUUUAGACAAUUUAAUCAACGCAGCUUACAAAGAUCUUUUCUACAAAGGUCAGACGGCCUUGCAUGUCGCCAUUGAAAGAAGGAGCUUUGAGCACGUGAAACUGCUGGUCCAGAAAGGAGCAGAUGUGCAGGCCAGAGCCAACGGGAAGUUCUUCCAGCGUCACGCGGGACUGGGCUUUUAUUUUGGAGAACUCCCGCUGUCACUGGCCGCCUGCACCAACCAGCACAACAUUGUGUCCUUCCUCAUUGAAAACCCGCACAGAAGAGCAGACUUGGCCGAAAAGGACUCGCAAGGGAACACCGUCUUGCACACCUUGGUGGUCAUAGCGGACAACACAAAAGAAAACACGGACGUGGUUGCAAGGAUGUAUGACGAGAUCCUCGUUCAGCACAGCAGACUUGAGAAGACACGGAGAGUCAAGCUGGAGGAGAUUGAAAAUAAUCAGGGGCUGACCACUCUGAAGUUAGCAGCCAAGCUGGGAAAGAUUGGGCUGUUCAGGCACAUUUUGCACCGGGAAUUCGAGGACGAGGAGAUGAGGCCGCUGUCCAGGAAGUUCACAGAAUGGGUCUACGGACCAGUCCACUCCUCACUCUAUGACACGAGUUCCAUCGACACUAACGAAGACAACUCCGUGUUGGAGAUAGUCGUCUUUGGGAGCGAGAUUCCGAAUCGUCCUGAGAUGCUCCAGAUCGAGCCUCUGCGCAGUCUUCUCAAGGACAAAUGGAACAGGUUCGCUUCCAAAUUAUUCCUGAUGAAUUUCUCGGCGUAUCUGAUAUACGUGAUCAUCUUCACCACUGUGGCCUUAUACAGAAAGGAUGGACAGCCACCGUUUCCCAUCGAGGAUGUCCCAGUUGACUACCUCCGCAGUGUUGGUGAGCUCAUCAGUGUCCUCGGAGCAGUUUGGUUUCUCUUUAAAGCGAUAACCAUUUUCAAGGGGAACCCCCCAAACUUCAAGGCUCUAUACACUGAUGGAUUCUGUGACAUUCUGUUUUUCCUGCAGGCCACCCUCCUUCUGAUCUGCACAAUUCUGUACAUCUGCGGGCGGAGAGAAUAUGUCGGACUCCUUGUGCUGUCACUGGCUCUCGCCUGGAUCAACGUCCUUUACUACUCAAGAGGCUCGAAAGCAAUGGGGAUAUACAGCGUCAUGAUGCAAAGAAUGAUCCUGGGUGACCUGUUACACUUUUUAUGCGUCUACAGUGUCUUGCUGUUUGGAUUUUCUGCAGCCAUCGUUGCUCUCAUAGACAACUCUGCUCCAGCUCCUAAAGAACUGACCAAUGGCUCACCGCCACGUGGGAGGAGCUUUGGUGACGAGACGUUUAAGUGCGAGAAGCCGAGUUACAACGACAUCCGAUUUACAAUCCUGGAGCUGUUCAAGUUCACCAUCGGAAUGGGAGAUCUGGAGUUCACUGAUCACGUGCAGUAUAAGGAGGUUUUCUACAUCCUCCUCAUCUUGUACAUAGUUUUGACCUACAUCCUCCUGCUCAACAUGCUCAUUGCCCUGAUGGGCAACACGUGCGAAAGAAUCACCGAAGAAAGUGAAAACAUAUGGAACCUGCAGAGGGCCUUUACCAUUCUAGACAUGGAGAGGACUCUGCCGAGAGGCCUGAGGAGUAAACUGUUCACUGGAGAGUCGAAGAUGGUGUGUUUGAGAGGCAAGAAGGACGAGUGUCGGAGAUUUUUCAGGGUGGAGGAAAUGAAUUGGAGCCAAUGGAGGACAGAUCUUGGUGUGAUCCGAGAGGAAGACCCAGGAAAUCACAUGAUGGAGCCGCAGCCCCUCAGCCACACUCCUGGGAAUCUCUGGAACAUGAAUCCACUGUUGGAGAGGAUUCGAGCCAGACGCCACCAACUGCAGCAUUCCAGCGUUCCCUAAUUUCAUCAGAUCACCCCCCACAAAAAUAUGACUGGUUUAACAUUUGAAUGUUCAGAUUCAGGUUUCAUGUGAAGCAGCCACUGUUGAAAAGUUUCAUACAAACAUUUCCUUAGAAAGACAUCCGUACAAUUAAUUUGGGAGGAUUACAGUACCAGAACUUUUAUUAUACCUUAAAUUAACAUUCAGAUCCCUUUUCUUAUUCACCUGCUGAGUGUAAACAGAUCUCAUCUGACUAAGAGACUAAUUGAAUUAAACUGAAACAUGAAAGCGGUUUA